GCCAAAUUCGCUGCAGCUGGGCUUAUGAAUAUUUUGGACAGAUGUUUUGAACGUGUCGUGUAGUUCUGUUUCAUUUCAUUUGAAAUUUGAAUUURAAUUUGUUUUAUUCAUCGUCCUACUCAUUUCCCGUGAGCUGUUUAUUUUCGGUUCUCGAUUAUUUKGAUUUUGAUAAUUCAUUGAAUAUAUUAUCUUGAAUUGUGAACUCUAUAGACGUUUGUCUAAACUAAUAACCAUGAGUGCAUUGAUUAAUCGUCGUAAGCGGAUUCGAUUGAAUUCAGGUGCACCAAAUGAAGAUGAAGCUUCUCCCAAUGUWACUGAUAGCGCUCCCGAAAAUAAUGUAUCUGAGGAUAAUGCAACACCUAUGAAAGAAGAGAAUGAUUUUGAAAUGGACUCUGAACAAGAUGAUCCUACAGGUUUGGAGGGAGCAGCGUUUCAUAGUCGUUUACCAUUCGACAAAAUGACUUCAAAUGAAGCCUACUGUUUUUCAGACGUGGCUCAUGGACCAACACAAACUCAGAAAGUUUUUUUACAUAUUCGCAACCGUUUGUUACAACAAUGGUUGGAUAAUCCAAAACAACAAUUACUUUUUGAAUCUGCUUUACCAUUAAUUGAACCACCUUUUAAUACUGAUAAAGUUCUUAUUCAAAGAAUUUAUGCAUACCUGGAGCGUCAUGGAUUCAUAAACUUUGGAGUAUUUAAGAGAUUAAAACCUCUGCCUGUAAAAAAAGUAGGCAAAGCUAUUGUGAUUGGUGCUGGUAUUGCGGGAUUAGCUGCUGCUCAACAAAUGCAACAAUUUGGAAUGGAAGUUAUCGUUUUAGAAGCAAGGGAUCGAGUUGGUGKGCGCAUAGCUACUUUUCGUAAGAAUAGUUAUGUUGCUGAUUUGGGUGCAAUGGUAGUUACUGGUCUAGGAGGUAAUCCAGUGACAGUGCUAUCCAAACAAAUUAACAUGGAACUUCAUCGUAUACGUCAAAAAUGUCCACUUUAUGAACCUGGAAAAUUAAAUGCAUUGGUAUCUACUCAAGUUCCUAAGGAUAAAGAUGAAAUGGUUGAGAGAGAAUUUAAUCGUCUUUUGGAAGCUACUAGUUAUUUAUCUCAUCAUUUGGAUUUCAAUUAUUGUAAUGGAAAACCUGUUUCACUAGGCCAUGCACUGGAAUGGGUUAUAAAAUUACAAGAGAAACAUGUUAAAGAGAAAUUGAUUCAGYACAUGAAAAAUGUUGUAGCUUUGCAAGAAAAGCUGAAAACCAAUUAUAAAAAGUUACUUCAAGUGCAAGAAACUUUAGAAGAUUUAUCUGCUCUGCAGAAAGAGAAUGCUGAAGAAAAAUGUAAUGAUGCUAGUUCAAAUUUUGCAUACCUUUCUGCUAGAAGAGAAAUGGCUCUUAAUCUCAAACAAUGGGAUGAAUUAAUCGAAGAAAAGAAUGAUAUUGAAGAAAAACUAAAGGAAAUGGAAUUAAUGACUCAUAUGCAAACAUUUGGCUUUAGAUUUGAGAAUUUACAAAGGGAUUAUGAAGUUUUUGCCUUGAGCAAAAAAUUAAAAAAACUAGAUAUACAGCUUUCAGUGUUGACAAAGAGAUAA